AUGGAGGCCCAAAACGCUGCGCCUGCUGCCAUGACCCGAUCAACUCACCGUUGCUACCACGAGUUGGUCAGCUUGCUCGAGCAGCAGAUUAGAGCACUGGACACGAAGCUGUUUGUUAGUAGAUCGAAACUUGCCAUGGACAGGUAUUUUGUCUCGCAGGACGCGUGUCACGUGCUCGUGGCCGCCAAUCCUCCUGAACUCUGCGAAGUCUGGGAGAGGCCGGCGUACCCGGCACUUGUUUUUCUCAAUUUUACUCACUACUACGCAUUAGAGAUGAUACUGGUACGAGCUUGGGUUUUUGCUGGCACCCGAGAACUAUGCGCAUCUGGCCCCUACGGCCCACAACCCAUCUCCAAUGCCACAGAUCUGCAGACAUCCACCUCGGCGAUCCAUCUCGCAAACAGUCCCUCGCAUCAAACGAGCAACAGCCCUGCUCCGUUCGACUGGCUCAAUGUCGAGCGGCAACUGAUAGAGACGACCUUGAGCAACAUCGACUCUUGUUUCAUAGUGACUGACAAAAGCACUCGCUUUGAUCUAGCUAUCGAGUGCAGUAGCCUAGAUGUUGCAUUCGAAAUGGCGAAGGCGAUUAACUGGCCUGACUGCUGGGAGCAUCUGGCUCAACAGGCACUGAAGCAAGGGAACCAUAAGGUGAACACAAUCAUGAGCUACAUGUCGGCAGAUGAGGAGCCAGCACCAGAAACACAGACUUUGGAAGAUGCGGAACUAGGUGCUGGUGCCUCGUCUGGCAUUAGUGAGAUAGCACUCUGCAUGCUCGUUCGACACGCCAUGCAGUUGUUGAAUCGUCAAUUCGGAGUGGUCAACUUCUCGCAUAUCAAGUCCUUGUUCGUUUCCACAUAUCGUUCUGUCCAUGCGUAUCUCUCGCCAAUGGCCUCGUUGCCGCCGUUGCAACUACAUCUAAGGCAUGAUCCGCAAGAGUCUUCUUCAAGCCGUGUUCUACCCAUAGCUGUGCGGACGCUACAAUCGGUCCGGCACGAGCUCACUGAGGGUUUGCGCUUCCUGUCUGGCAGCAAGCUACCAGAGACUCGGAUGGUGUACCGAUCUGUUCUGUGGGAGCUUCUUCUAGUCCCAGUAUCUUCUGAUGAUGAGGCAAAGGGGUGGCGCGAUAUGGUCACGCUCGCCCGAGAGUACCUCCUCGGUGUGACUCUCGAAAUUGAGCGAAGACGAAUAAUCACGUCACAGCUGCACGGUUCACCAGACGCCUACUGGAACUCAACCCGGAUCCCAAGAUCGUUGCACAACUCCGCAGGGAUUGAUGAAAUGAGAAGGACAUCGGCUUCCUAUGUGACCGUUAGACGAGGCAUCUCACAAAAGGGUGUAAGAGACACGUACGGUUUCCAGGCAUCUGCCCCAAGACAUUGGCUCGUCCAGGGGAAGGUGCAACCCACGAGAGAUUCGUUAAGGCGUCGGAGAAAUAAGCCACAGUCCCGGUAUCCGCGAGUCGAAGUCCAGUAUUCCACAUCAGAGUCUAAGCUCUUGAAUGGAGAUUUCGCGAAGCAGGGUACGGCUACUGUAGACAUCAGGCCAGGUCGUGAUGCACGGGUAAAUCAGAGUUUCCGUAUGGCGCGGCGUGUUAUCUGCUCUGCGCGGAUACAAUCGCUUCACGUCUCGACGGAGAAGCCAGUCUGCAGCGGAGCCGCGAAGGAUCGUACUGAGUUUAUGGCAAGUGCGGAAGGCCAACUUGUGGCAACACGUACAUUGUGUCUCGUUAAUGAAGCCGAUGCGACAGGAGAGUUCUUCAGUUGCUUUUGA